CUCUUCCGGUUUUGACGGCCCCUGAAAGGCUUUGGGGGAUGUGCAGGGUGAGUCCCGAGGCACUGGGGUCGCGAGUGGGAGCAGGGGAAUCUUGUGUCCGCACUACACCCAGUGGCUCAAAGUUAGCUCCGGGAGAUGAGGCUGCUGGCGUUCGCGGUGUUGGCUCUGUUUGCUGUCACUCAAGCAGAGGAAGGAGCCAGGCUUUUGGCCUCCAAAUCACUGCUGAACAGAUACGCUGUGGAGGGGCGAGACCUGACCUUACAGUACAACAUUUACAAUGUUGGCUCGAGUGCUGCAUUAGAUGUGGAAUUAUCUGAUGAUUCCUUCCCUCCAGAAGACUUUGGCAUUGUCUCUGGAAUGCUCAACGUCAAAUGGGACCGGAUUGCUCCUGCUAGCAACGUCUCCCACACUGUGGUCCUGCGCCCUCUCAAGGCUGGUUAUUUCAACUUCACCUCAGCAACUGUUACAUACCUGGCCCAGGAGGAUGGGCCUGUUGUGAUCGGCUUUACCAGUGCACCUGGACAGGGUGGAAUCCUGGCUCAGCGGGAGUUUGAUAGAAGAUUCUCCCCCCAUUUUCUGGACUGGGCAGCCUUCGGGGUCAUGACCCUCCCUUCUAUCGGCGUCCCCCUGCUGUUGUGGUACUCCAGCAAGAGGAAAUAUGACACCCCCAAAACCAAGAAGAACUGAGUGGGGCUUCCACAGCCCUCCCUGCCCAAGAAAUCCAGGUGCUUUCCAGACUCCAAAGGGUAUCUCAAAUGCAGUGUCUUCUCCUUUAGCCCUUGGCCAUCUUCUCCUGGGUCCUGUCCUGCUCUAACCAGAGCAAAGGACCAGGCCUGGGAGUCUGUGAGCACCUCUUCAGUUCCAUCACGAAGCCGGACAAACAGGAAUGCCUUCGGCAGCCGUCUUGACCUUGGGGCCCUGUGUUGCAGCACUGAGGUGCCGGGGGUAUGUUGCUGGCGAUGUGAACUCUCAGGGGUCCAGGAAAGGGCAUUUCGGAGACUGCCUGACACCACCCCAUCCCCCACCACUCCUCUCAAAAAGAGGGUGAAAGAUAAGAUGAAAGCUGUGGGACUCUUGGAGGCUACCCAGUCUCUGUACUGGCUUAGGAAAGUUCUUACCAAAUGGGGUUUUCUAAUAAAAACAAAUGCCACCCUGA